CUACAUUUACAAACAAACAAACCGGUUGUUCCGCAUAAAACAACAGGCCCUGAUUGUGUGAAUAUCACGUGUAGAAUGUGGAAAUACGCGCGCGUCGUCUGUCCUUGGCGUCUGCCCUUGGUAGUUUAUGCUACCACAUCAGUUUUCUUUAUGAUUGCGAUCUGAUAUAUUGGUGGUUACCUUCGCAGUGAAGCUCUUAAUGACAUGGAUUUUUUGUGAUGACAUUUUGUUUGGGUACACCUGGAUUAUGGACAAUACCAACAAUAGAUUGUAAAUUACCGGAAGUUAACCAGGAAUCAGCUCAAAUUGUUCAACUUGGUGGAAAUGUAUGGCCGUUACGUCAAAAGCGAUCAACAGACUUUGGCUUUCCUCAAACAAUUCAGCUAAAGUUAACGAUAAACGGGAACGAGGAAGUCGACAUAGUAAUGGGAAGAAGAUAUCUACCUUUUGUUCCCUCUAUCAACGGGAAGUCUCAAACGAAUUCAUUGCAGCAUCAUGCUACGUACCAGAACCCCAACGAAGGAGCUGCCAUAACUGUAAGAUGCAGGGACAGGACCACACGGCCAUGUCAACUGUAUGGAACGUUUAGCCACGAAAGUCAAUUUUAUCAAAUACAAGCCCUGGGCUAUGGAGAGGAUUAUCUUCAUGAAAUCGUCAGACUUGACCUAGAAAACAGAAGUUUCCUAGGCUUGCAGAAUCACGUACCGAUGAAAACCACCAAAAACAGACGCAAGCGCUAUGCAGGUGGUGCUAACAUCAAAACCAAGUACGUCGCCGAAAUGCUACUUUGGAUUGAUUACCUUAUUUACACCAGGUUCUUGGAAACAGCAGGAAACGACGCAACAGAGGCAGACCUGAAUAUCCAGACGUUUGCAAUUGGCGUAAUGAAUGAGGUCGAUACAAGAGCACGAAACCUUCAAAAACAGGCCUUAGAGAUGGGAAUCAGUAACGCUGCAGACUUUGACCUCAGUGUGAUGUUGACCGAGCUUGUGGUUUGCAAGACCGAUAGCUUCUGUGUGUGGUCUGAGGACCCUUCUUACAACAUUAACGGUGUAUUGCAGACCAAUGCCCUUCUUGCCUUCAUAGCCACACUGAUACUGUACAAGAAGACGAACUACGACUUCGCUGUAGGAUUAACGGGAUAUGAAGUUCUGGACGACAGACACUCCGAUACAAAUUGCGGUGUAUACUUCUUGGAUAACCAGAUGUGUGUCGCUGAAAACCUGACAUAUGUAUCCAGUAUUGCCAAGGCAACCGAGGGGGGAGUUGGUUUCAACGUAGCGCACUUUCUCGGACGACAUAUGGGAAUGAUUGGUGACGUCACAGAAACUAGCUGUGCUGAAGAUAAUUACCUGAGUUCUUCUGAUUGGUCGCCUGGCACAUCCGACAAGGCUUCUCACCCUUUUCAUUGGUCAAACUGUACCAUUGAACGCAUAUACACGAGCUCACAAACAUCGGGUAAAAACGACUGUUUAUUAGUCAAUAGUUUUGUAAACGACACCUACCUCGCAUACCACUCUGCCUUAGAGCCAGGACGGGAAUUGGAAGCAGAUAUACAAUGCAAAUACGAAUUUGGUAGUACAUCGACAUUUUGUGGGACACAAGAUGCCAGUAUAUGUUACACUGGUAUCAGCUGCACCAACCCAGACACCAAUAUUUGUGAAAACGUAGCACUACCUCUAGACGGAACAGCCUGUCACGAACUGGCACAACCCUUGCCUAAAAAGCUCUCGUACACUGGGACGCGGGUUUGAGGCCUACGUGGGGAAGUCGCCAGGUACUUGCGGCAGGUUGGUGUUUUUUCCGGGUACUCCGGCUUUCCUCCACCACCAAAACCUGGCUCGUCAUUUAACAACUGUUAAUAGGACGUAAACCACAAACAAACAAAACCAAUAUAUUGAAAAUGUGACACCGCUAGAGUUUUUGUCAUUGAAACAUUGUUCAGUUUGAAUCUUGUCUAUUACACGUAAUGCAUUGUACUAAUAACCAUCUGUAGAGUUUGGAGAUGUGUUCAUCUGAGUUUGUCUUACGUUCAUUCUUCGAGAUAGAAGGUUCUAGAGUCUGCUGGUGGAUUUCUCAGUGCCCCACAUUUGCCGUUAUUUUGAUAGCCGCAAUAAUUUCAUUUUACAAGUGACAUGCUCCCCUUAUAAACAUGUUUUACUCAUUACGCAAUUUUAAUAUUAGCAGUUUUCCUCCAUUUUUUGAAAUUCACAUAAUUAAGGAGUUUACGCACAUGUGUGUCUUACUUUCAUCUUUAUAAAUGUUAGUUAUACGCUUAAACAAAUGAACAAAAGACACUAUCUUUUAUAUUUGUUUGAAUUGUUUGGACUUUUUUUGGACAACGAUUGUGCAACCUUUAUGCUGCAUUCCAACUCUUUUUCUUUCCAAAAUGUGCUGUUAAUUAGAAUUAACGAAGCUUCAUUUUCAUGAAAAUGUUGUUGAUGAUAGCUAUAUAAGAACAAGAACAAUUGACAACAUUAUUACAUGAAACGAAAUAGAACAGAAAUAAUUGCUUUCUUUGUUCAAGACCUGUGCAUACAGACAAUAUGCGAUUACCUAGCACUGCGUUAACUUACCAAGAGUACGAUUUUGUUUUUUUCUUUUCCUUCGGCAAAGUACUGCCUUAAAAUAAAUCUGUAUAAAAGAGAAGAGAAGAUCGUGCAUUCCCGAUUGAUCAACUUUUACAUGUAAUAUAAUAAAUAAAAAAUAAAUGAUAAUAAAAAAAGCUUGUAAGCAAACAUCUGUGAUAAAGAUCAAAUCAAGGCGCUGCAGAAACGUUUGACUGUGCAUCGUUAAAUUUACAUCAUAUUUCCCGUUAUCCAAAAACAUAAAAGAACUUUCACUGA